UGAAUCUUGAAUCUUGAAUGUUCUGGUGGUGGGGGUCCUCAGUGCUGGUUGCCAACUUUCUGAACCACUGCUCCUUGAAGAUGUCUUAGAUAUUAUGAAGGCUAGUACCUUUGAUGGAGCCAAUUUUACAAGUUUCUGCAGCUUACUUUGAUCUUGUGUAGUAGCACCCCCCCCCCCCAUACCUAUGAUGAUGCAGCCAGUCAGAAUGCUCUCCACAAUACAUUUGUAGAAGUUUUUGAGUGUUUUAGCUGAUAAACCAAAUCUUCUCAAUGUCUGAAUGAAAUAUAACCACUGCCUUACCUUCUUUAUAACUGCAUCAACACGUUGGGGCCAGGUUAAAUCCUCAGAUAUAUUGACACCCAGGAACUUAAAAUUGCUCACUCUCUCCACUUCUGAUCCCUCUGUGAGGGUAGGUUUGCGUUCCCUUGUCUUACCCUUCCUGAGUCCACAAUCAGCUCUUUGGUCUUGCUGAUGUUGGGUGCAAGGUUGUUGUUGCAACACCAUUCAACUAACUGGAUCUCAUCUGGCCUGUACAUACCGGCUGUGUGGUGAAAAACGCACAACAGCGCCUCUUUCACCUCAGACAGAUGAGCAAGUUUGGUUAGGGCCCCCCAAAUUCUAAGAACUUUCUACAGGGGCACAAUUGAGAGCAUCCUGACUGGCUGCAUCACUGCCUGGAAUGGAAACUGUGCUUCCUUCAAUCGCAGGACUCUGCAGAGAGUGAUGUGGACAGCCCAGCGCAUCAGUAGAUGUGAACUUCCCACUAUUCAGGACAUUUCCAGUGACAGUUCACUAAAUUGGAAAGAUGAAUAUAGAUAUUUCUCUACUGUCUCAAGAGGUCACCGAUGACAACGGAGAUACAAUGCAGAUGUUGAAGUUUGGCAGUUGUCACCAGAAAGACACCACAUUCAAUGAGAUACAGUGCUUAACUGGCACACACUCGGGAUCUCCACCAGAUAUCAAGCACCUGAUAGAGGAACUCGAGAUCAUCAAGUUCCAGAUUGAAAUCCAAACCAAAACCAUUGAAUCAUUGAAUCAAACAGGGAGCCUCUUAGCGAAGGGGAUAGUCAACCAUCAGCAGAGGAUCAAACAGUUGGAGGAGGAGGUGAGGAAGCUCAACAUGAGCAGCAACAUCGAAGAGGACAGGAUUAGCUUGAUGAUAGACAAACGGAUUGAACAUUUAACAGAGCUGUCCUCAAACCUGGCCAAACCACAACAAUCCAGCCAGCAAGCAGAAAAUCAGGUGCAGUCAACAGAUACCGCCAACCAGGCUGAAAAUCCUGCUACAGAAAUGCAUGAGAGCAAAUCAUUCCUCUGGGAAGAAUAUGAAUCACUGCGGAACGAAAUAGAGAAAAUUAACAGAAAGCUAUCUGUUCAAGAGGAUGAUCUAGUAAGUAGUUUGACAGAUUGCAAAAUACUCAAACAGAACCAGAAGAACUACGAUCAGAUUCUAGAAAGUCUGAUACAAAGAUGCAGUCAACUGCAGCCGCCGGAUACUGAACAGGAGAUACGAGACAUUAAACAAGCUAUAGUUGAGAUGCAGGAACAGAUUCGGAAUCCGUGUUCCUGCAGCAGCAGAAGCGAAACCAUUGACAAGAGAGGUAGCAAUACUGUGUUAAAACAACUGAUGGAGGAAAACUGCAGUGCUUCAGAUUCAGAUAGUGAUACAUGGUAAAAGAGUCCAAAUGUGGGUGUUCGAUACCUGCUGCCCUUAAUACCAUCACCUUGAACCAACUGUCUACAACAGCACAGUCGGAUACAAGAUAGAAGUAUAAGAUAAAAGAAGGAUGCAAGACUGAAAACAUAGAGGAUACGGCCCAGUCCAUCACGGGUAAAGCCCUCCCUGUCUGAGCCCAUCUAGAUGGAGCGCUGUCACAGGAAAGCAGCAUCCAUCAUCAAGGACUUCCAGCAAGGUUACAGGGUGGCACAUCUGGAAUGGAAGCCAGUUGCUUUCUUCCCUUGCAAAGGUUCCAAAGCUUUCAGCAACCCCACUCGAGCUCAGCAACACUUGGUGCAGAGCAAGUUUGGUUCCUGGGAGCUUCCUGGUAGUUUAUGGAUCGGUGCUGUUAAGGCAGCCAGGAAGUCGUUUGAACACUAAUCAGGUGAUACACAGGCCUUCCUAAAAUGGCACAGCUGGAGAAACUUUCAGUAGUACGUUCACAAUAGCUUCAAGAAUGAACAGUGAGAAUAGAAAAUUUCAUUUGAACACCGGUAAUAAAAUCAAUAACACUGGACAAUAACAAAUUUGAUUCCUGAAUACUUUUGUGUGUACCUUAUAGAUUUUGGGCUGCAGAUCAUGAUAAUCACCAUGACAUUUCCCUAUCAUGCACCAUUUUGUAAUCUCCCAGCUAUUAUUUCAAUUCAUAAUUCACAAUUAAAAUGUUGCCCACAAUGUAAACAGAGAAGUUUUCUGCCUUGUCCAGGCAGACCUGGGCAUGCUUAGGCAGAGUGGAUGGUGCACAAUAGGACAGGUUUUAGAAAGGCUAUAAAAGCAACUUGCACACAUCGUUCCAUGCAUUGCAUAUACACAUAUAUUGAUUUGGAUCACAUUGAUGUGCAUACUCUACGAGCAUAGCAUGUUGUGUGUACUCAUUAUAUUGAAUUGUAUUUCCAGGAGUAUUUGUGAUAGCAAAAUGUCUCACUAAUGCUGCAACAGCCAUGAUACUUUCUGUUAUAUUCUCAAAUCUCAAAGAUGGAGCAUGACUCCCCUUAUUAAGAAAACCAUUGAGCUCCACUUUGGGUUUAAAAUUGGCGAGCAAGGCAAAGCCUGGGCUCCUCACACUUGUUGCAUUCCCAUUUAGGUUUCUUCCCUGCAACACUUCAGAAAAAAAUAGUUGUUCAGUGUAUUCGCUCAGACAAGGCAAAUGCUGUUUUGCUGAUUCAAGCAGCUGGAUUGUAAUUUCCAACCAAUUUUACUGUUUGUAAAUAGAGCAAGGAAUUAUGCCCAUGAUUUUUCCAAAAUCUAGCAGCGUUAUACUUGUGAAAUGUGGAAGGGUGUAACUAGAAGGAGGCACCACACUAUGUUCAGCCAACCUUAGAUACCUGAACUCAAUCACAGUCAUAAGAGGGUUAAACAAAAUGGUUUAAUACAGGCUGAGCUAGCAAACUAGUUUUUCAAUAUCUGGGCUGGUCUCUACUGAGUUGCU